CCGCCGUCCUCCAAUAGUCCCGAUAGUUCACACUCCGCAACUCCGCUUCCAUCUCAGCUAGGAACAAGAGCGUGGCAGCACAGCAAUAUGGCAAGGAGUGAAGCGUUUGGAAAGACGUUGACCUCGCUUUCCAAAACUCUCACUCCUCCUCCUCCUUGGUUUCUACGUUAACGGUCACGAUUAUCCUAGGCUUUACUGGUCAAGACUCCCCUAUUCUGCUACGAUGAUGUCCUCGUCAGAACCUGCUGCUGGACCGUUCCAGCCAAUCUCGAAUCAAUACUACAAAACUAUGCGCCAGUAUCAAGCUCUUCUUGACAGAAUAACGCCUUUUGUACUCUAUCGUUGGCUUGGAACUGCUGGGCUGUUAUGUCUAUUCUUGUUGAGGAUAGUUUUUGCACAGGGGUGGUAUAUUGUAUGUUAUGCACAUGCCAUAUACCUUUUGAAUCUACUAUUGGCAUUCCUCCAACCGCGUUUCGAUCCUUCACUACAAGAAGAUCUUCUUGCCGAUGAAAUUGAGGGUGGCGGAGAGGAGAUGGGAUCAUUACCUUCCGCACGAGAUGACGAAUUCCGUCCCUUCGUACGAAGGCUGCCCGAGUGGCAAUUCUGGCUCUCUUCAACACGAGCAACCCUUGUUGCCUUAUUCUGCACGUUCUCCGAAGCCUUCGAUGUCCCAGUCUACUGGCCAAUCCUCGUCAUGUAUUUUUUCGUCCUUUUCAUCCUAACCAUGCGACGACAGAUACAGCAUAUGAUCAAGUACAAGUAUAUUCCAUUCGACCUUGGUCGCAAGGCUCGAUACGGCGGCCACAAGUAGUUGCGUCAUCUUGCCUCGUCGACAGGCUCGGCACCAUAGUGGAGGGCUAUGAGGGAUCUGACUCGGUCUUACAGAUACCAGACGCUACUAAUAUACUGGAUGGUUACAGUCUGCAAUGCAGUGGUAUAGACGGACUACUAUUUCUUCAGCUAGAACAAAAAGGGUACAACUGCCUUCCGCUCUUUGGGGUAGUCGGGGAAACGUGAAUGAUACCAUUUGUGUCCCUUGUAUGCUCUGGGUAUCAUUAAGAAUACCUCAGACAGGAGGAAGAUAUAGGGUGGCAUGACUGUCUCUAAGAAUGAGCUAAAUGAUACGAAAGAAGGUAAAGGUGCCGCUGCCAAAGCGAAACCAAGCCAUUCCAUCCAUUCACAAAAGUAAUUCGGGUACGAGAGGUACUUGUAGAGGUAGCCGUCGGGAAUGGCAUAAUGCUCUUGCUUGUUCUUCCC